AUGCCAUACCCGCAGCACAAGCAAGAUUUGUAUCAGUAUCAGCAAAUGCAGCAUCGUUUGUUGGAAGCAAUAAGCCUGUCAAAUGUGGAAAUCAUGAAGUUUAACGGUAACCCUUUACACUAUCAUGAGUUCAUGGCAUGUUUUGAUAAUUUGAUAGGCUCGUCUACACUAGACAGAGGGACAAAGCCCAUGAAGCUGUAUCAGUGCUGUGAAGGUGAUGUCAAGAGCAUCAUACAGUGUUGUAUGGUAAUGGAUCCAGUGCUAGGAUAUCAACGCGCCAGAGAAUUAUCUAGAGAACGCUUUGACAGUAGAUUUAAGAUAGGAGAAGCAUGGAUCGAACAGAUAACUAAUGGUUCUGCACUUCAUGGAAAUGAUAGAACUGGACUACGCAAGUUUGCUGACGAAUUACAGGUAUGUCUUGAGACUCUUAAGGCAUUGAAUCUAACAAAGGAAAUCAGCAGUAACAGAGAGCUGGUCAAACUGGCAGAAAGACUCCCAUUUCAUCUCAAAGCUAGAUGGUUGAAAGUAGUGAGAGACAUUAGACAAAGAGGUCGCUCACCAGAUAUCACUGACAUGGUGAAGUUUGUAUCUGAUUCCGCCGAAGAAGUUAACGAUCCAGUCUUCGGUGAGCUGACUGCGACUUCUCCAAGAUCAGCAUCUAAACCAAGCUUCAACAAGCAACAUUCCAAGUGCAGCUACUCUACAGCAGUCACUGAUAAUUCAAGCUUUCCUAGGCCCAAGAACUGCUUCAAGUGUCAUCAAGAGUAUACUUUGUUUAGUUGUGACAGCUUUAAGUCCUGA